UUUAGUUCUAAUUUAAACCAGUACUACACUGAAUCGAUAGUGGCGCAUAUGUCACGAAAAUGAUAAUCCGAAAAUGUGGGACAUGGAAAAACAUUGUAUACCACGUCUAUUCUGUAUCUCGUCUGUGCUUUUAUACUAUCAAAAAUACAGACUUCCCUACUGCAGAUAUAACAUCCCAUUUGAUACUUGUCAUAUUGUCAUCUUUUGUAUAUGAAUCGUCUGCUAUAUAAUGAUGAAUAGUAUUUAAAUUAAAUUACAUAAUAUUACUGAAAAGAUGACAUUAUAUCAUUUUGGAAAUUGUUUAGCUUUAGUUUAUGUUCCCUAUUAUCUUACCUAUAAAUAUUCAGGAUUAUCAGAAUAUGGUGCAUUUUGGAAAUGUAUUCAAGCUGGAGGUAUUUACAUAUUUACACAGUUAGUAAAAAUGCUGGCACUUGCUACUUUUUUCCCUACAGCAGAUAACGUAGGAGGUGAAGGUUAUGAUUUAAUUGGUGAAUUUCUAAAGUCUUCGAUAGAUUUAGCUGAUUUAGUAGGAAUUUUAUUAUCAUUGAACAAUAUACCCGGUAAAGGGCAUGCAAAAAUUUUAACUGCUGGAGUUGGAUGGGCUGGAGCUGAGGUAUUACUUACUAGGUUCCUCCUAUUAUGGGUAGGAGCAAGAGGCGCAGAAUUUGAUUGGAAAUACAUUCAAAAGAGUCUUGAAUCUAAUAUUAAUUUAGUACAACAUAUAACUACAGCAACACUUGUAUGGUUAUGGUCACGACAUGAUUUAAAACGAAGUUUAGUUCCAAUAGUAGUUGGUAUGCUUAUACUUACAGUAUAUAGGCCACUUAUUUUAGAUUUUCUCGUAGUAUUUUUCUUAACUGGCCCAUGGUCAGCCCUUAUUGUUAAAGCUACUACUACUUUCAUCAUGGGUGUUACAACAUUAUACAUGUAUGCUGGUCUUGCUCAUUCCAUAGGCAUCUUUUGAAGAACAUUAUGUGUACACUUUCUAUUUUUUGAAGUGAAGGUGGAUCUUCGCAAGAAGGUGCCCAAAUUUUCACAUCACAAUCAAGCCCACUUGUUGCAAGAAUAGGAAUAUGUGGAUGAGGUUCUAAACAAUUUACCUAUACAACAGAGUGUUAUUAAACUUUAUCAUUAUAUUUUUAA